AUGGAUUUCAGGAACCAGACUCUUGUUAGGGAGUUUGUUUUUCUGGGCUUCUCCAACAUCAUGCAUGGCCAGGUCUACCUCAUUGGGGUGUUCCUCACCCUCUAUUUGGUCACCAUUCUGGGCAACAUCACGAUCAUAACCCUCAUUGUGGUGGAUUCUCACCUUCACAGUCCCAUGUAUUUUUUCCUCUGCAACUUAUCCUUCUUGGACAUUUGCUACUCAUCAGUUACGGUCCCCAGGAUCCUAGCAAACCUCCUUCUCCAAAGACACACCAUUUCUUACAACCACUGUCUUGCCCAGAUGUUCUUCCUGAUGACUUGUUCUGGCUCAGAAUGCUGGUUUCUGGCCAUCAUGGCGUACGACCGCUAUGCUGCUAUCUGUCAGCCUUUGCGCUAUUCACACCUCAUGAGUCCACGUAUUUGUGUGCAAGCAGCCAUUAUCAUCUGGAUCUGGGGCUUUGUGGAUUCAGCCAUCCAUGCUGCCUUGGCCUCCAGGUUGCGUUUCUGUGGAGACAAUCAGAUCCAUCACAUCUUUUGUGAUCUCCCACCGCUGCUGAAAAUUGCCUGUGGUGACAAAUUUGCCAGUGAGAUAGCAAUCCACACAGCCACAUUUUUUGUGGGCCUCGCCCCUUUCCUUUUUGUUGCCAUCUCAUACAUCUACAUCCUUGUGUCCAUCCUGCAGAUCCGCUCCAACUCAGGCAGGCAGAAAGCUUUUUCCACCUGCUCUUCUCACAUGCUGGUGGUCAUCCUUUUCUUUGGUAAUGGAUCGAUUAAUUAUUAUCAACCAACUGCUGGCUAUUCUUUGGAGACUGACACCUUGAUUUCCACAAUGUAUUGCAUUGUCAUCCCCAUGAUGAAUCCCUUGAUUUACAGUCUCCGUAACCAGGAGGUAAGGAGGGCUCUGCAGAAGGUCUUGGACACCCACAGGAGAAUAUAG